CUCUCUCUCUCUCUCACCUACUCUUCUCCCUUUUUUGGUUUUUUUCUCUCUCUUCCCUUCAUUUCCCCUUUUCUGCUACUGCAAUUUCACAGUGAAAACAAUUUGCUGCAUUUGUGCUCCCGUUCUCUUCCCACUCUUUCUUUCUUCCCCAGCUCCUUAAAGCUUUCCCUUCCUUCCCCAUUGUCCCAUUUCUAGGGUUAGGAAGUUCGCAAGGGGAUUCCUUUCCUUCGUUCUUGUCCAUUUUACCUCCGCUAUGGGGCUACUGUUCCCCAUCAAGAUUUUGAAGCUCGUUCUUGUGAGCGAGCAAGGGAGGGUUUAAUCUGAGAGAAACCCACAUCGAUUUCUUUCCUUGAUUUGCUUCUCGUCUUCCCCAAGAGGCAAUGUGAGGGUCUAAUAGCCCCUCACUCGCCCUUCCAGAUUUCUUUUUCUUUUUUAUUUCCGCCUCGCGCAUAAUGGUUGCUGCCAUUAAUCCUCAAGCAGCUCUUCCGUCCGCCGCCGCCGCCGCCACCGCUGCUGCUGACAUUGACAAAAUCCCUAAUCCGGCAAGGCCGCCUCUCCUCCCUUCCGAGAAGCAGCCCAACGGCCGUGGCAUUGGCGGUGGAGCUCGAAAACCAAGAGGCAAGCAAGUUCCUUCUAGGUACCUAUCCCCUUCUCCUUCCACUUCUACUUCCACAACUUCGACGACCACCACUACUACUACUACCACAACCACUACCACGACGAGUUCUUCCUCUUCUUCUUCUUCUUCCACUUUGCCCAGAAGAUUCGCUUCCCCUCUUCUUUCGCGCGCUACUAAUUCCGGCUCACCCGCUGCUUUCCCCCCAUUCGCCGGGCCCAAGAGAUCCCAAUCUGUAGAUAGGAGGCGGUCGGUGGCUGCUCGGCCAACGACUGCUAACCCAGAAUCUAAGCAAGGCAAUGCCUCCUCCGAAAUGUCAGCUGCAACCAAGAUGUUGAUCACUUCCACUAGGAGUUUAUCGGUUUCCUUUCAGGGCGAAGCGUUUUCGCUCCCCAUAAGCAAGGCCAAGGCAGUCACGCCCCAGAGUGCAGGUAGGAAAGCAACCCCUGAGAGGAGGAGGGCGACCCCUGUGAGAGAUCAGGUGGAGAAUUCAAGGCCCGGGGAUCAGCAUAGGUGGCCGGCCAGGAAUAGGGAAGGGAAUUUGAGUUCCAGAGAGAGAAGUGCCUUGUUGUCUAGGAGCUUGGAUUAUAACAGCGGCGGAGAUAAGAGGACAGUUGGAUCUGGAUUGUUGGGGGCCAAGUCAUUGCAGCAGUCUAUGCUGUUUGAUGAGACUAGUAGGAGGUUGAGUUUGGAUUUAGGCAGUGCGAAGCUAAACCCAGAUGCCAAUUCAGAAAAGGACUCUUGUUUUGUUGGUGAUCUCACUGAAUCAGACAGUGAUAGUGUUUCCUCUGGUAGUAAUUCAGGUGUUCAAGAAUUGGGUGGUGGGGUUGGGAUUUCCAAAGGUAAAAUUGGGCCUCGUGGGAUUGUUGUAUCCUCAAGGUUUUGGCAAGAAACAAAUAGUAGGUUGAGAAGGCUGCAGGAUCCAGGCUCCCCACUCUCUACGAGUCCAGGGCCAAGAAUGAGUUUACAGUCUAAGGUCACACAGUCGAAAAGAUUUAGCACUGAUGGUCCAUUAGCAUCUCCUAGAUCAAUGGCUGCUUCACCUAUACGAGGGUCCACGAGGCCGGCUUCGCCUGGUAAGCUAUGGACAUCUUCAGUUUCUUCUCCGAUGAGAGGAAUGUCUAGUCCUUCAAGGGUGAGGCCAAUGAGUAGUAGUCCAAUGAGUACGCCUUCAAUUCUAAGUUUUUCUGUUGAUUUGAGGAGGGGGAAGAUUGGCGAAGACCGAAUCAAUGAUGCACACACUUUGAGACUUCUCUAUAACCGUUACUUGCAAUGGCGGUUUGUAAAUGCGAGGGCCGAUACCACCUUCAUGGUCCAGAAACUGAAUGCAGAGAAAAAUAUGUGGAAUGCAUGGUUGACAAUAUCGGAACUGCGGCACUCUGUUACGCUUAAAAGAGUCAAGCUGCUCCUGUUGAAGCAGAAGUUGAAGCUAACUUCUAUUAUGAAGGGACAAAUUAAUUUUCUCGAUGAUUGGUCAGUUAUUGAGAGAGAUCACAUUACCUCCUUAGAUGGAGCAACUGAAGCCUUGAAGGCCAGCACCCUCCGUCUUCCAAUUGUUGGAAAAGCCAUUGCCGAUGUACAAAACCUGAAGGAUGCUGUGGGCUCAGCCGUUGAUAUAAUGCAAGCGAUGGCAUCUUCGAUAUGCUCACAACUAUCCAAGGUGGACGAAAUGCAUUCCUUGGUGGCUGAACUUGUGAACAUAAUAGCGAAGGAGAAAGUUUUUCUUGAUCAAUGUAGAGAUUUCCUGUCAACACUAGCGGCCUUGCAGGUAAAAGACUGUAGCUUGAGGACGCACAUGAUGCAACUAAACCGAUUACCGACUACCGGCAACCUGACAACAUGUGUAGAGAACUGAUCUUCACUUUGACCACUCACUCUCUAAACACUGCUAACAUGACCAACAUCCAUACGGCGUCACCUUUUCCACUCGGGUGAGAGAUUCUGCACUGGAGGUAAUAAAAAAUAGAGCAAUGACAUGGACUGAAGCAGCUAGUUUUUGGCUUCACCAUCAUUGGCAUGUUGUUUUUUGUUCCAGCCAGAUGUGAUCGGUCUUCUUUGUGUAGUAUGUCAUGUCUUCCUCCAAGCCAUGUUUGUAACCCCUCCUUCUAGUAGAUUACAGAGAAAAAACUCCCAUCCCUCUCCCUUCUAAGUAGCUGUAUACAAGUAAGUACACACUAUUGUUAAUGGGGUAACUCUUGAGAAAAGAUAGUGUUGCACAGUGUAUAUAUAGUUGUAUGUAAUGGCCAUGAUUCCCGUCUCAUUUCGUCUCUGUUAUUUGGUGUUCUAAACAUGGAUUAGUUUUAAGAUGACUACAGUACAGG